ACAGCAGAGGAGCUGAUCGUCAUCACCACGCAUCGUCUCUUCUGUUCGGUUCAACGUCCUGCGUGUUCUGGUUCGAACAGAUCGGAACCCGAGAGCGACUUCGGCCUCGCUCGGCUCUUUUCGGAAAUAACCGAAGAGGAGGUUUGCAUCGUGGCUGUCACAAGUGGCAUGUUCGAGGGAGAGAGCGGACAAAAUUGAACUCCUGCUUUCACCCGAAGAGGAUUCAAUGAAAAUGUCCGUGUGUGUCCAUGAGAACCGAAAGUCACGAGCCAGCACGGGCUCUAUGAACAUCUACCUGUUCCACAAGUCGUCUUAUGCCGACAGCGUCCUCAUGCACCUCAACUCACUGCGGCAGCAAAGGCUUUUCACAGAUGUCUUGCUUCAUGCCGGCAGCCGCUCCUUUCCCUGCCAUCGCGCUGUUCUGGCUGCCUGCAGCCGCUACUUCGAGGCCAUGUUCAGUGGUGGCCUUAGGGAGAGCCAGGAAAGUGAAGUCGACUUUCAUGACUCCAUCCACCCAGAGGUUUUAGAGCUCCUCCUGGACUAUGCAUACUCUUCACGUGUGGUCAUCAACGAAGAAAAUGCAGAGUCACUGUUGGAGGCCGGAGACAUGCUGGAGUUUCAAGACAUCCGGGAUGCUUGUGCUGAAUUCCUAGAAAGAAACCUUCAUCCAUCUAACUGCCUUGGCAUGCUUUUGCUGUCUGAUGCUCACCAGUGUACCAAGCUGUCAGAGCUGUCCUGGGGUAUGUGCCUCAGCAACUUCCCUGCUAUUUGCAAGACAGAGGACUUCCUUCAGUUACCCAAAGAUAUGGUGGUGCAGCUUUUGUCACAUGAGGAGCUGGAAACAGAAGAUGAGAGACUGGUUUAUGAAGCUGCCCUGAACUGGAUCAACUAUGACCUAGAGAGGAGACACUGCCACCUUCCAGAGCUUCUGAGAACAGUCCGUCUAGCUCUGUUGCCUGCCAUCUUUCUUAUGGAGAAUGUCUCGACGGAAGAGCUGAUCAAUGCCCAGGCCAAAAGCAAGGAGCUGGUGGAUGAAGCUAUCCGUUGUAAGCUGAAGAUCCUGCAAAAUGAUGGCGUCGUUAACAGCCUGUGUGCCCGGCCGAGAAAAACCAGCCAUGCUCUGUUCCUUCUGGGAGGCCAGACAUUUAUGUGUGACAAGUUGUACUUGGUGGAUCAGAAAGCCAAAGAAAUCAUCCCAAAGGCUGACAUCCCCAGUCCAAGGAAGGAGUUCAGCGCUUGCGCCAUUGGCUGUAAGAUGUAUAUCACUGGCGGGAGAGGCUCAGAGAAUGGUGUAUCCAAAGAUGUAUGGGUCUACGACACUGUCCACGAGGAAUGGUCCAAGGCAGCGCCCAUGCUCAUUGCCCGGUUUGGCCAUGGCUCUGCAGAGUUAAAACACUGCCUCUAUGUAGUAGGAGGUCAUACUGCAGCAACUGGAUGCCUCCCAGCUUCUCCAUCCCUGUCUCUCAAACAGGUGGAGCAGUUUGACCCUGUGGCAAACAAGUGGACCAUGGUGGCUCCUUUGAGAGAAGGUGUGAGCAAUGCAGCAGUAGUCAGCGUCAAGCUCAAGCUCUUUGCCUUUGGGGGAACCAGCGUCACUCAUGACAAGUUACCAAAAGUCCAGUGCUAUGAUCCGCAGGAGAACCGAUGGACAGUGCCUGCAUCCUGCCCACAGCCAUGGCGUUAUACAGCCGCUGCUGUGCUGGGGAACCAGAUCUUUGUCAUGGGUGGAGAUACAGAGUUCUCAGCAUGCUCUGCGUACAAGUUUAGCAGCGAGAGCUACCAGUGGACUAAAGUGGGUGAUGUGACAGCCAAGCGCAUGAGCUGCCAAGCUGUAGCAUCAGGGAAUAAACUGUAUGUGGUGGGCGGAUACUUUGGCACACAGCGUUGUAAAACUUUAGACUGCUAUGACCCAACACUGGAUGCUUGGAACAGCAUCACUACUGUGCCAUACUCUCUCAUUCCCACUGCUUUCGUCAGUACCUGGAAGCACCUUCCUGCUUGAGUCGUAGGCCCUCUACCCGUCAUCCUCCAAUUAGAUUUCUCUCUCUUGCAUCAUCUACUGGACUGUAACUGUGAUGAAGCACACAUUUCUCCUCCUCCAGGAGUGACACCGUCACUCAUUUAGACGUUGGAAAGAUCCUGGAAGAGGAACGACAUUUUUUUUUUUUUUUACUGGAAUGACGUCUUCACAACUUUUAGGGAAGGAAACUGAGACACAGUUCAUGCAAACAAACCAAACGGCCGCUGCUUGUCUUACGAGGACCAAGCCCGAGCGUACCGCUGGCAUGUCAGGCUUACGACCAGACUGCACACACAACGCUUUCACAUUUAUUAUUUUGUAUUCCUGUCUUAAUUGUGAGAAGCUGUAUUUUUGUUUUUCCUCUGUAAUAAAAAAAAAAAACCUGGAAAAGGUAAAAAAAAAAAAAAAAAAACUUUUCAUGGCGAUUGCAUUGUCUAACAUCAUGGAUGUCGCAAUGUUUGAUGCAGAAUCCUGACUUAUUUGUAUAAAAGGUAUGAUGAAGGAGUAACUCUCCUCCAUUUGACCCUCUUGUAGCUUUUUGUUCAAAGAUGCACCUGAUGGUGUGAUCUCUUUCCCCCAACAACCACCUUUACGUUUGCCGUCGUCACGAGGUGUUGAUGACCAGCAGCAGUUGAACUCGGGGAGGAUGGUGAUCUGUGCAUUUCCAGGGUUGCAGAUCCUCAGGCAGCGACCUUCCAUGUUUGCUGUUUUGCGGUCAAAGCCUACUGAACCCACUGUACACGGAGGCAAAAGUCCACUUGUUUGGACGCGGCGCUUCUUUCGGGACGUUGCCACAUUCAGCUGUACAGUAAACGCUGUAAAAGACUUUGAGCUUGUAAUUUUGAUCAAAGCAGCCGCUUGCUCGCUGAGUCCUAGCUGAACUUUGUAGAGCAUGUUCACUUAUAGUGAUGAUUCAGUCAGCCUGGCAUGAACCUUCUCCCUCAUCACAGGAAUCCUGUCACCGAAACUGAGAAUAUCAGUUUGUUUUUUUUAACUUGCUGCAGUGUACUUCCUUAGUCUUAAUUUAUAUGACAGUGAUUGCUCUCUGUUAAUGUUUACUUUUAUUUAUUUCUUCACUGCCUGUGUUCAUUUGUGAAUGUAUGUAUGGAUUAUGUCCAGCAUGGCCAGGUGUUGUGUUUUAUUUGAUCUCAUCCAGGCUGCAUUUUGCACAGAUGGUUCUUUGCAUUAAGCAACUUGUUCUUUUAAAAUGGACAGAAGUGCACAUCUGUCAGAAUAGUGCUGCAGUCACAUUCUGGCUUUGUGAUGCGAGUUUUAUAUGCGCGGCCUUGCAAAAAAAACAAACAAAAAAAAAAAAGCCAUACUUGGAAAUGUAAUAACGUAGGGACUUUAUUUAAUACUGGAUAAAUAUUGCAGUGCAGCUAGUUAUCGUUACAAAUAUCUGUUACAACUGCAGGUUGAAACUAGAAAAACUGCAUGACCCUUAAGAGCCAUUUAAUUGAAUUUAUUAAAUAAUUAAGUCAUAAAAGUGUAAGAUAAAAGUUGCUUUUCUUUAUAGUUUUUGCAGCACCUGCUGUUAUUGACGCACAAACCCACGUCAGUCAUCCACGACAUGCGAUCCCGCUACCGUUAACAUCUGAGCCCACGUCUAAAAUGGUGACGACUAGCAGUAACAGACGGACCCGUUUGAAUUAAAGUAUAACCUGUCAGUAAAAACAAAUUCAUGUUUUCUGCAAUAUUGGAUGGUACAAAUAUUUUCCCAUCUCACAGUUGUGGACUUGUUAUCUGGGGAGCGAGUAUGCUAGCUAGCUGUCCGGGCUCGUCACUACUUUGGCCAUACUUGCUAGCUUGGCAGGAAGUGCAUAACUGAUGUCUAAAGUAGCCCGUUGAACUUAUUUCUCUUCAAAUAUUUUACUAUAUUUAGUGAACUGCAUGUCACACCAGUCACAUUUAUUUUUAAAGUUAAAUUUCCUAAGAAUUCAAGAAAAAAAAUUGCGUAACAAUCUGGAACGGCUGUUCAAUCACAUACUAGCCUAAGGUACACAGGUUAAAUAUCAUUAUUGUUGUGUUUCUUGUUUCCAGUGUACUGAAAAUGUACCAAACUGUCUACCGUUAUGCCCUUAUUUUUUUUGGCAUAUGACUCGCUUUGGAGUAUAAGUUGCGGGUUUCCCCAAACUAUUAAAAUAGAUUAAAAGAAAAAGAAAAUAUGUUUUUUUUUUUUUUUACAGUGGGUAGAGUCAGGCUACCUCCUCGUUAAAUUUCAUGAAAUAAUUUGACCUUGUAUUUGUUACCCGAGAUUUACACUAAAUUAGCUCCGAAAUGAAUAAGCAAUAAAUCCUUGAGGUGGAAUAUAAUAGCAUCUACCACUUGUGUAACAUGUAGCAGGCAAGCAUCAAUCUUCUUACUGUGCAGGGGUGAGAGCAAAUGAGGGGAAGCCCAACGACAGGGUUUGAUUCUGGUCUUGGAAAUAUUUAGAAAAACCAGUCUCCAGAGCAACUGGUUAUCUGAUUAAUCUUAUACGAAUAUUUUAUGUGCUCACAAGAUCAGCAGGUUUCUAAGCUACAUGCUAGCCAGUCAAGCUAGGAUGGAGGUUAUUGUAGUGAUUUGGAUAGAUGACAGCUUGCUACCCAGAUAAUAUGUCAACAAUUACAUGACGCGAUAGCAUUUGGAAAACAGUUAAAUUUUAGUAAUAUUCUGCUAAUAUUCUGUUUCGUCAUAAUGCAAUAUAUCAUACAGUGGUUCAUGCGUACAGUUUGGAGAAGUUCUCUUUACUCCAACUUAUUUGUUUAUUCUUUGAGCACUGAUCAAAAGUGUCGCCAGAACUUUGACUAUCUCACAGCCGCAUUCUGGAAAGCUCUCAUAAUAUUAGUGUUGACAAUUAGAAUCCACGUGGAGACAAACCAAACUUAUUACAUUGAUUAUGCGUGUAUGCUCCUUCGUGCCGUACUGCGUUUCAUUUUGGGUGAUGACAAAACAAAUGACUGUGUCGCCAUUUUGGACACCACUUGCUUGGGGAGCAGGUUGGCUCGGAUUUGUCGACCCAAAAUUUGUUGAGUUCACCAAAGUUGAUUCUUUUGAACAAAACUGUUGAUUGCAAAAAAAAAAAAAAA